GCAGAGUGUCGUGGCACAAGGACAGUCAAACACACAGGCACAUGAGUAGAGCAGGCCAGAAUUACCAUGCAAGGACGCGACAGAAAGGAAUAUGAACCUUCCCCCGAGCCUGCCAUGGGACCCCCUCCUCCUCCUCCUCCUCCUCCUCCUCCUCAUCGUCGCCCCAGGAUAAAGGAUGACGGAAGACACGCCCCAGAGGAAGACGUCAGCCAGGAAUCCCCGCGCGGUCAGCCUCUUGCUGGGGGUGCGGCAGCGGCAGCAACCGAUGGCAAGUCUGGAGAAGCAGGGUGAGAUGGAGGUGUGGCCAGGCCUGUACGCACACCUCACCUCCCAGCUGAUGGCCCUGGCGCGGGGCAAGGUGGUGCUGGUGCUGGAGGUGUGGCCAGGCCUGUACACACACCUCACCUCCCAGCUGAUGGCCCUGGCACGGGGCAAGGUGGUGCUGGUGCUGGAGGUGUGGCCAGGCCUGUACACACACCUCACCUCCCAGCUGAUGGCCCUGGUGUGGGGCAAGGUGGUGCUGGUGCUGGAGGUGUGGCCAGGCCUGUACACACACCUCACCUCCCAGCUGAUGGCCCUGGUGUGGGGCAAGGUGGUGCUGGUGCUGGAGGUGUGGCCAGGCCUGUACACACACCUCACCUCCCAGCUGAUGGCCCUGGCGCGGGGCAAGGUGGUGCUGGUGCUGGAGGUGUGGCCAGGCCUGUACACACACCUCACCUCCCAGCUGAUGGCCCUGGCGCGGGGCAAGGUGGUGCUGGUGCUGGAGGUGUGGCCAGGCCUGUACGCACACCUCACCUCCCAGCUGAUGGCCCUGGCGCGGGGCAAGGUGGUGCUGGUGCUGGAGGUGUGGCCAGGCCUGUACACACACCUCACCUCCCAGCUGAUGGCCCUGGUGUGGGGCAAGGUGGUGCUGGUGCUGGAGGUGUGGCCAGGCCUGUACACACACCUCACCUCCCAGCUGAUGGCCCUGGCGCGGGGCAAGGUGGUGCUGGUGCUGGAGGUGUGGCCAGGCCUGUACACACACCUCACCUCCCAGCUGGCGCGGGGCAAGGUGGCGCUGGUGCUGGAGGUGUGGCCAGGCCUGUACGCACACCUUACCUCCCAGCUGAUGGCCCUGGCGUGGGGCAAGGUGGUGCUGGUGCUGGAGGUGACCAGUCUGACCUCACCCAAACAUUGUGGCAGGAACUGAGCACCACACAUCCACACACUGGGUGGUGCCUGCCGUCCUGGCCAAGAGUGCCGCACACACCCUCAGUGCCUUGCUGGGCCACCACUGCCCCCCUGCUGGACCCCCCUGCAGCCAUCACCAAG